GUUCGCACCAGCGCUGGAUGUGACAGCAGGCAGCCGAGCGCUUCGCAGCUUGCGCAGUGUCCAACCCCCGGUCCGGCACGGACCCGAGCAUGGAGGGCUGCCGCUGGACAACUGCUGGCACCCUGCUUCUGGCUUCCCUCGUCCUGAGCUCCAGAACAGCUCGCUCAGAGGAAGACCGAGACUCACUGUGGGAUGCCUGGGGCUCGUGGAGCGAAUGUUCACGCACUUGUGGAGGAGGGGCUUCGUAUUCCCUGAGACGCUGCCUGAGCAGCAAGACCUGUGAAGGGCGAAACAUCCGGUACAGGACGUGCAGCAAUGUGGACUGCCCGCCAGAAGCAGGUGAUUUUCGUGCCCAGCAGUGCUCUGCUCACAACGACGUCAAGUACCAGGGACAGUUUUACGAGUGGCUUCCCGUCUCAAAUGACCCCGACAACCCAUGCUCGCUGAAGUGCCAGGCCAGAGGAGUGGCUCUGGUUGUGGAGCUGGCGCCAAAGGUUCUGGAUGGGACCCGGUGCUACACUGAAUCCCUGGAUAUGUGCAUCAGUGGCUUGUGCCAAAUCGUUGGCUGUGACCGCCAGCUGGGAAGCACUGUCAAGGAAGACAACUGUGGGGUCUGCAAUGGCGAUGGGUCCACCUGCCGGCUGGUUCGAGGCCAGUAUAAGUCCCAGCUCUCAGCAAAUAAACUGGAUGAUACAGUGGUCGCUAUUCCUUAUGGAAGCAGGCAAGUUCGCCUCGUGCUGAAAGGACCCGAUCAUCUAUAUUUGGAAACCAAGACUCUCCAAGGUGCAAAGAGUGAAAACAGCCUCAGCUCCACAGGCUCCUUCCUCGUGGACAAUUCUAGCAUCGACUUCCAGAAGUUUCCUGACAAGGAGAUAUUAAGAAUAUCUGGGCCUCUCACUGCAGAUUUCACUAUCAAGAUCCGCUAUGCUGGUGCUGCUGACAGUUCAGUUCAGUUUAUCUUCUAUCAGCCUAUCAUUCAUCGAUGGAGGGAAACUGAUUUUUUUCCUUGUUCAGCAUCCUGCGGAGGAGGUUAUCAGCUGACAUCUGCUGAAUGUUUUGAUCUGAGAAGCAACCGGGUAGUAGCAGAUCAAUACUGUCACUAUUAUCCUGAAAAUAUCAAGCCAAAGCCAAAACUUCAAGAGUGUAAUCUGGAUCCUUGUCCUGCAAGUGAUGGAUACAAGCAGAUCAUGCCCUAUGACCUCUACCAUCCCCUUCCUCGAUGGGAAAGUACACCCUGGACUGCCUGUUCCUCAUCCUGUGGAGGGGGCAUUCAAAGCCGCAGCAUCUCAUGUGUGGAAGAAGACAUUCAGGGUCAUAUCAGCCCUGUGGAAGAAUGGAAGUGCAUGUAUACUCCAAAGAUGCCUGUUGUCCAGCCUUGCAAUAUAUUUGACUGCCCAAAGUGGCUUGCUCAGGAAUGGUCUCCGUGCACUGUGACCUGUGGACAAGGACUCAGAUACCGUGUGGUCCUUUGCAUUGAUCACAGGGGGCUGCAUACAGGAGGCUGUAGUCCUAAAACAAAGCCACACAUAAAAGAAGAGUGCAUUGUACCCACUCCUUGCUACAAACCCAAAGAGAAACUUCCUGUGGAAGCAAAGUUGCCAUGGUAUAAGCAGGCUCAAGAGCUGGAGGAAGGAGCAGUAGUGUCUGAAGAACCAUCGUUUAUUCCUGAGGCUUGGUCCACCUGUAGUGUCACCUGUGGAGUGGGCAGCCAGGUGCGGCUUGUGAAAUGUCAAGUGCUCCUCUCUUUCUCUCAGUCUGUGGCUGACUUGCCUAUCGAUGAAUGUGAAGGUCCCAAACCUGUGUCUCAGAGAGCCUGUUACAGUGGCCCCUGCAGUGGAGAGGCAACUGAAUAUACCCCAGAGGAAACUGAGCUGCUGUUUGGCAGCUUGCAGGAGUUUGACGAGCUCUAUGACUGGGAAUACGAGGGCUUUACAGAGUGUUCAGAGUCCUGCGGAGGAGGUGUCCAGGAGGCUGUGGUGACCUGCCUGAACAAACAAACCAGAGAGACUGCUGACGAAACACUCUGUGUAACCAGCCGCCGUCCUCCACAGCUGCUGAAAGCCUGCAGCCUGGACCCCUGUCCCCCAAGAUGGGAGAUUGGGAAAUGGAGCACCUGCAGUCUUACCUGUGGAGUUGGAUUGCAGACACGAGAUGUCUUCUGUUCUCAUCUACUAUCAAGAGAGACUAAUGAGACAGUGAUUUUGGCAGAUGAAUUGUGCUAUAAACCUAAGCCAUCCCUCGUGCAAGCCUGUAAUCGCUUUGACUGCCCACCCUGCUGGUAUCCUACAGAAUGGCAAGAGUGUUCACAGACAUGUGGCAGUGGUGUCCAGAGGCGAGAUACACUUUGUAAGCAGCGCCUGGCAGAUGGAAGCUUGUUAGAGUUGCCAGAAACCUUCUGCUCCACACCAAGGCCAGUUACCCAGCAAGCCUGCAAAAAUGACGAUUGUCCCAAUGAGUGGCUUCUCUCUGACUGGACACAGUGUUCAGUGAGCUGUGGAGAGGGCACCCAGAGUCGAAAUGCCAUUUGCAGAAAGAUGCUGAAAACCGGGCGUUCUGUCAUCAUCAAUUCCUCACUGUGCCCACCUUUACCAUUCUCAUCCUUGAUCAGGCCCUGUGCACUAGGCACCUGUGCAAGGCACAACAGGCCAGCUCAUAAGCAAAGCCCCCAUAUUAUGGCUAUAAAGAAAGUUUACAUCCAGAUGAGGAAGCAGAAGAAGCUACACUUUAUUGUGGGUGGAUAUGCCUACCUGCUGCCCAAAACCUCUGUUAUUCUCCGAUGCCCCACAAGGAGGUUCCGGAAAUCAAUGAUCAUUUGGGAUAAGGAUGACAAGAGGCUCAUCAGCUCAGCUCACAUCACCAUUGCACCCUACGGCUACAUGAAAAUCCAUCGUUUGAAGCCUUCAGACACUGGGACAUACACCUGCAUAGCAGGGCCAGCCCGGGAGUAUUUUGUAAUUAAACUAAUUGGAAGCAACAAGAAGAUUAUUGCUGGGCAGCCAACUGGUAUUAGAGAGGAAGAGGCCAUGAGAAAGGCCAGCUUAAAUGAAGCCUUGCGAACACAGGGGAAACAUAUCAACAAGAUUCUCUUCAAUGGGAGCAAGGCUGAAAAGCGAGGGCACCUUGCUGACCCCAGCAGCUGGUAUGACUAUAUUGUCUCAAGGCUGCUACAGCACAGGGGCUGGCCAGGGGAAAAUCUGGAGUCCUGGGAAGCCCAGGAGUCCACGGAGAGAAAUGCAUCUACAGAGGAGGAUCAGAGCAGGGAGUAUAGCCUGCCAUUUACUAUGGUCACAGAGCAGAAACGCUUGGAUGAUAUUAUAAGGAAUUUGUCUCAACAGCCUGAGGAACUUAAAAAUAUCUACACUGAGCAACUUGUUGUGCAGCUGGCUCACGAGGUUUUCAAUAGCCACUUGGAGCACCAGGAAUCUGUCCUCAAAGCGUCAAGGCGAAGAGUAGAUUCAACCUCAGUGGAGUACCCUCUCCACAGACAUGUUUCGGGAUUUACCAGCUCCCUGAGGACCUCAUCUGCUGAAGCAUUUCUUCCCACUUCUGUAGACCUGGCAAAUGGCUUGCGCAGACCUCAUCAAAAGCCUGCUAUCCUCCGAAAGAUUUCAGCAGCCCAACAGCUUUCUGCUUCAGAGGUUGUUACCCACCUGGGACAGACGGUAGUCCUAGCCAGUGGCACGCUGAGCGUGCUGCUUCACUGCGAAGCAGUGGGAAACCCAAAGCCCACCAUCAGCUGGGCUAAGAACGGAGAGGAGGUGGAAUACAAUGAUAGGAUACUACUUCAACCUGAUGACUCCUUGCAGAUUCUAGCACCCGUGGAAGCUGAUGUGGGUUUCUAUGCUUGCAAUGCAUCAAAUGCCCUGGGAUCUGACUCUGUCUCCAUUGCUGUCACUCUAGCAGGAAAGCCACUGAUCAAGGCAUCAAGAGCUACUGUGAUCAACACUGAAUCACCUGCUGUCACUGUUGAUAUUGGAAGCACAGUGAAAACAAUCCAGAGAGCAAAUGUUACCAUUAGCUGCCAGGUCGCAGGUGUUCCGGAAGCAGAAGUUACUUGGUUUAAGAACAAGGUCAAGGUGUCCUCUGCUCACCAUCUGCAUGAUGGGUUGCUGUUAAUUGCAAAUGUUUCUCUGUCAGAUCAGGGGUUGUACUCCUGCAAGGCAGUUAAUCUUCGUGGGGAGGUAACUGAAAGCUCCCAACUGUUGGUUCUUGAGCCUCCACGACCUAUUCCUUAUCUUGAAGACUUGACAGCAGUGCUUUCCAGUGCUGGGACCAGCAUUUGUUCAGUGCUGACCUCUCCUUCAGGAACAAAAAUGACCGUCAGCCCAGGGACCUCUGCUUUCAUAGGUUGUGCUGUGGAUGGUCAUCCAACCCCCAACAUCACCUGGCUUUACUCUGGCGAGCCUCUCAGUCUACAGCAUCACCUCCUAGCAGCGGGCCGGAUUCUUCAGAUACUCAACGUCAGUGAUGCUCCUGAUGGUGAAUUCAGCUGCCUUGCUCAGAAUGAGGCUGGCUCGCUCACACAAAAAACAUCCCUGGCUAUACAAGAAUACCGGUGGUCAGUGGACAAACUGAUGGCUUGUUCAGCUUCCUGCGGCCACAAAGGGGUGCAGCUGCCCCAGCUGAGAUGCUUACUGGAUGGGGCUGAAGUCAACAUAUCCCACUGCAAAGAGAAGCCCAAGCCAGCUCUGCAGCCCAUCGCAUGCAACAGGAGAGACUGUCCUUCACGAUGGAUGGUAACAUCGUGGUCUCCUUGCACACGGAGCUGCAGUGGAGGCAUCCAGAUGCGGCGAGUGACAUGUCAGCGCCUGACAGCGAAAGGCAGUUCUGUCUCAAUGUCGAAUGAGGCUUGUGCCCAGGUGUCCAAGCGCCCUGUGGACACACAGAACUGUAACAGGCAGCCCUGUGUUGAGUGGGUGGCCUCCUCCUGGGGCCAGUGUAACGGGCCUUGCAUUGGACCACGACUGGCUGUACAGCACAGACAGGUAUUUUGCCAGACCAAAGAUGGGACUUCCGUGUCAUCAGAUCAAUGCAGUGCCUUACCAAGGCCUUUGAGCACCCAGAACUGCUGGACCGAUGUCUGCGGUGUGCACUGGAGGGUCAGCCUGUGGACCGUCUGCACAGCUACGUGCGGAAACUACGGCUUCCAGUCCCGGCGCGUGGACUGCGUGCAUGUCCUCACCAACAAGCCCGUGCUGGAGCAUCACUGCUCCUGGAGGCCACGGCCGGCAAACUGGCAGCGCUGCAACAUCACACCCUGUGAAAACAUGGAGUGCAGGGACACCACAAGGUACUGUGAGAAAGUAAAGCAGCUCAAACUCUGCCAGCUCACCCAGUUCAAGUCACGCUGCUGUGGGACUUGUGGAAAAGCUUGAAGACAAAAGCAGUGAAAAUGGAGGAACAAGGGGAUCACAGCCUUUGCUUCACUGAGGCAAGGACUUUUACGGAAAAUAUAAAUGGAAUUGAAAUCUUUUUUUCAUUUUAUUUAUUUAUUUCCCUUUUUUAAAAAGAAGAAAACCUUUUACCAAAUCAUUGUUGUAAAGGGACUUGACAAGUUUUCCCUUGUAUAAAUCUGGGAGACAGAAUGCAGCAAAACAUGGUCAUGAGGGUAGACCACCAAGAGUCAGUGAGACCCACGCCACCAACAAUGGUCCUGAGAGGAGUGGGGCUGCCCCAUGAUCCAUGUACAUGCCUGGGAAUACACCAACAGACAGAUGGGGAAGCUGAUCAGAGUGAAAACCUAGCAUUGCAUUGAACCACCACAAUAUGAAACAAAUAAUCAAACAGCUUGACAGGUCAUGGGGUACUGGAGAAAAAAAAAGGUCUAAACUAAACAGGCAGUAUACAGAUACUUCAUCUUUCUUAGACUACUUUGAGAAUAUAAGCAUAUGAUCUUGCUUUAUAAACCUGCUUGUUACAUCCAAGAUUGGAUUCCUUUUUUUUCUUUCUAAACCCAUCUCUCCUUCUCAUGCCAGGCCUUCAAAUUAUUUCAGUGGGAGAUCCUCAUGAUCUUUGAGGAUCUGGUGUCUGGCGAAGUUGAACAAUGGUGUGUAGUCUGAGUGAGUCUAAAACACACCUGAAAAUGUUCCCAGGUUGAGCUCUGAGGGAGGAUUGGGGAUAGGAGGGUUGCCCUCAGCACAGAGGUGAGGUGAUAAUGUUAAUCAUUAUCCAGGAGAAGGAGAGAAAGUAUUAUCUGCUAUUGACAGACUGUAGUACAAACCUGCAAAUGCUGUCCUGUAGAGAGCACAGGCAGGGAAGAUGAUAGCAAUUAUCUGUGGUAACAGGAGCUACUUCACAUACUCCAUCCUACUAAGACUUAUUUGGACAAGAGAGGACUACCAGUUCCCAGAGUUCAGGUGCUUUCAGACCUGGGGUUUUGGAAAGCAACUUGAGGAAGUGGGUUUUCCUAUCCUGCUAACGUGAAAUUUCUCUUUCCUGGCAGGCAAGCCUUUUGGACAAGUAGUAGAAAGAGCUGUAUUCUGAUUUCUUGUGGUUAUUCCUACUCAGUAGAAACAGAAUGGAUUCAGCAUCAGCCACAGAGGACUAAUGCCAAUAUUUUUUAACAAACUUGCUCCUCUUCAGCUGCCUCCCACAAAAAAACAGGUGCUAUAAAGCUGCACAUUUUUAAGCCCAUGAAUAAUGCCCUGAAGAUAUGAUAUAAAAAGGGAGGCUCAAACCUCACACCCACAGCAUGACUUUGCCUGCUGUCUGUGAGUCUUUCCCCCUGGCCAGCUGCAGUGGUUAUUCAGCCAGUGAAGUGCUUCAUCCUUUUAGUUCCUGGGCACUCUCUGCUCUGCUCAGAAUAGGGCCCUAAAAUUAGAGGAAAUCUGCAAAGUAGGGUGUUUGAAUGUUGUGAAACUUUAAAGGAGAGCUAUCUGGAUCUCAGGCUCUGACCAACUCUAAAUUAAAGGCCUGGCUGUGCCUCUCCUGAGACCCCCAGUGGGACUCAUGCCUUGUGGUACGUUAAUGAAAUGCUGUUCAAGGGCUGCUGUGUUACAGUUUCCAUGACACGUGGCUUGUUCAGCAAAACUGGGAGUCCGCAUUUGGGGUCAGUGCCAGGUUCAUGAUGUUAAACUGUCUCAAGUUGGGUUACUUCAAAACACAUCUGGCAGUGAGCACUUACUACAAAUGAGUCUUCAAGAAAUAGUGUUGCUAAGCAUCAGUGUAACUUUUUAUUUAAAAAAAGAAGAAUGUCUUUCUAUGUAUGUAAAUGUAUAUCAUUUCUGUAUAUUUAUUAGGAUUUCUUGUACAAAAAGUGCAAUAUUAAUAAUUGUACAUUAUUUUGUUCAGAUAAAACUAUUUUGGGUUUUUUUAAAAUCUCCCCAGAAUUUUGUUCCUCUAAAAUCAACAGUAAUAGUGUAUUUCUCUUAAGUUUAAUAGCAUUUGCAUUUAAUUGGGGAUCUGCUUCACUGUGCACAGAGUGCUUUAUAAACUAUGACAUGAGGGAGGAAUGAUGUUUUUAACUUGUGAAAUGAUAAUUAUGCAUGGAAUGAAGGACAAUUCCUUAACAACAAUAAUAAUAAUAAUAAUUAUGAUGAUGACGAUGUGGUGGAUAUUUCUAGUAAGGUAGUUCACAAAAAGCAGUACAGGGAAGUAUUUUCAUUUGUUUAAUAGCAAAACAUAUUCAGAUGAUCACAUGUUGAAUAGUAGCUGUGUAACUGUGCAUAGGGUAACAUGCAGGAUCAGAUCUGGAGGGGCCACUGUGUUGUCUCUGCACAGUGUGGAUUUAAUUUCACGUGUCUGUCCUCUGAAUUGUGACUUGGCAGCAUCUCAGUUAAGGAUUGCUGGAUAUUUUAAAAAAGGACACUUUCCUUCUCUAAAAAGAAAACAAAACAGCAAACUUGUAUUUAUAUAACUUUUUGUACAAGUAAUGCAAGUUACUUACUUACCUACUGCUGUCUGACGUGUUGUUUAUUAAUCUUAAAAACAAAAAGCAAACAAAGUAGCAAAGCUGUUGGAGUACUCUGUCCUUAUUCUGUAUUAUGAUAACAGCACACAGCUGUUACACAAAGUACACAUGAUCUACCUGCCUUGGGGAAAGACGAUUAUCUUAACUUGUUUUUAAAAGUCUCUAGCUGUUAUGA